AAUUUGUUUUCUAUUUCAUAAAAUUAAAAUUUUUACCACACAAUUUAAGAGUAUCCAAAAUUUAGUUACUUUUAUUUCUAAAACAUAAAAUAAAAUUAGAAAUUUUUAAGAUUUGUUUGUGAAUUUUUGAGAUUUUUUUAAAUUUCAUUUGAAACUUAUUAAUAUUUUUUGAUUAAAAAAAUAGUUUUGGUAUUAAAUAUGCACAAUUUUAAAAUUUUGAAUAUUAAAAUGAGCAAAAUAAUUAGUUAAGGUAUUAAAAUAGGUAGCGAAAAAGUUUGGGUAUUAAAAACCUUUAAAAAUUAGUUAGGGUAUUUUAUGGAUUUUCCAUAUUAAUAAAAAUAGUUAAGUUAAAUUUUACCCAUAUAAAUAAUGUGAACCGAUGUAUUUGAAUAAUGAGAAUAAAAAUAGAGUACAAAAUUUGCAUCAAGUUAAUAAAAUUUGAAGUGUUCUAUUUUUGGAAUUCUUUUGACAUACAAAAGAAAUUGUGAGACAUAUUUAUUUUCAAAAAUAUAAUUGUUUACCAUAAAUAUUUGAUCCAGGAAAAUAUAUGUACUAAUUCACACAAGCAUACAAAUUUCUAAGAUUUAUAACCAAAUACAAUAUAUAAAUGAUCCAACUGACUAAAAAUAACUUAUAUAAUAAUAUCAUUUUAGGGUUUAACUGGUGAUCAAUGAAUGAAAGAGAAUAAUGUAUUCCUUACUAUUCCUAAUUUUUCUUAUCAUUUAUAAGAAAUAAUUUUUCCUUUUCAUUCAUUCUCAUUCUUUUUAUUCUAAAGGAAUAUAGAACAAAUUUGGUUUUCACUAAAAUUGAUAAAAACUAAAUCUUUUUUUUAUUUCUAUAAUUUUGUUCAUUUGCAUUUUUUUUCUGCUCAUUCCUAAUAUUCCUAUAAUGAUCACCAGUUAGACAUAACAUCCCCCAACAGUACAGUACAAUAUGAACAAAUCUAUACAUAUACAAAUAUUUAUCAAGCGUCUAACAAUUAUAAAUAUCAUAUACUACAAAUUGAGAUAACAUACGUGCACCAAAGUCUAGUGUUAAUUUUAAUUAAAAGGAUCUGAAAUUUUUUAUUAGAGCAUAAUCUCAUGUGACAGACCACUUUAUGCAAAAAGAGGAAGUGAAAUUUUAAAAGUAUGAUGUAAGAAUUUGCCUACCAACACUAAUCAUAUAAACUAACUAGAUUUGUUUUGGCAAAAGGAAAAAGAUUUGUUUUGACACUCGUGCGCAAGAUGAUGAUGAUAUAUGAAACUCCACCAUCCUCAACCUCAAGCCUUUCACUUCUACUCUACAUCUCUCAUCUUCUAAAAAUUUGGAUGACUCAUAUCUCUCUCAAGCUUUCCAAUCCAUUCACUAGGGUCAAAUUGGAGAUAUGGAAAGACAAUUUAGCGUUUCUUUCAACCAAUUGAGUUGAGGUAAGCAAAAGUAAUUAAAAGGGUGUUUGUUAGGUAUAAGGUUUAGAGCAAUUACUUAAGUAUCAAAGUGUAUCUAUUUUACAAAUAAGAAAUGGGUUUCGUCAAAGUAAAAAUACAGCUUAAGGUGGAUUGGUCUUUAGUGUUUAACAGCCAAACUGGAUUUGCUGUCAUUAACGAUAUGGAUGCAUUGCAUUUGCUUAACUACUUUGUAUAGAUAUCCAAUCUUACUUUUUGUCCUAGACUUUCUAUUUUGAUAAAAACAAAAUUCUUUGUGGUAAGAUACCGCGGUAUAGACAUAAAGACACAUAUAGUAAGUACUUCAGAAUUGAUGUGUUUCCCCUAAAAUAUAUGUUACAACUUACAAGGAUGGAUAUAUGAAAAUAUUUCAUCAUGUAUAUUCAUGAAUUUCUAAGCCCUUUGCUGGAUCAUUCUUUCGCAUGUUGUCUUUUUAAUAUUCAUUUAAAUCAAAUCUAAUACUUUUCUCUUUUUUUUUUGUGGGCUAAUACUUUUCUGUUUUAUAUUAAAUAUCCUUUAAACUUAAACUUUUAUCUUACUAAAAAUAUAAUUUUAUAUUUUUCAUAUUUGGUUCUAGUAGUUUUGCGAGUUAAAAUUUUUAAUACGAUGAUUUAUAUUUUUAAUAAAAUGAAUGAUCUAUGUAAAAUAGUAUUAUAUAUUUUAAUUAAUAUUUUUCUAUCUUUUAACCAGCAUAAUUAAAAUAAUAUAUUAAUUAGAAACAACAAAUUAAUAAGAAGUUUAGUUUGUAUGAAAAACUUUAUAAGAUAUGAAUAUUGAUUAUACAAACUGACCAUAGUUUACGGAUGAAAAAUAACACUGACAUACACAAAACUAUACAAGGACUUGAACUGUGAACUGAUAAAAUGAAGACAUCUUUUCGUGGUCUCGUUCGUAUUUCUAAGAUAUGGAUAAUACUAUUUUCAAAUCCUCUACAUUAAAUUUACGGCCAAAGUUUAUUAGAGUUUUCUACUUUUCUUCGUGCCCGGACAAAUUAAUCAUGACGUUUGCUUUGGAUUCAAAAAGCCUAGAUCUUCUAUUAAAGACACGAAAUCGACAUUUAUCAAAACAAAAAUACGCAAAAUCGACAUAACGCUAGGCCGGUGAUGUAAAGUUAUAAAUUUAUCCUAAAGAUUAGCAUGAUUAUGACUGCCCUCAUACUACUACAGUUAUUAUGCUAUAACUUGUAGUAUUACUAUGUUACCUAAUGUUCUUUCCAGAGAAAAGUUUGUUCUUGUGAUAGCAUUAUUGUUUAUGUUGUUUCUUUAAUUUAUACGUUAUUCUCUAUUAUCUAGCAUGAGAACACAGGUUCUAAAAGGUUCGUCUCUUGCUUUCCGUGUUUUUAAAAGAAGACCACUUACUUGAUGAUGAGAAAAAACAAAUUCGAUAAGAAGUUUAUCAAUUCAAACAUUCCCAUAAUUAUUGAUAUCUAUUAAAUAAGAUGGUGUCUGUCCAUGUCGGAAUCAUUCCAAUUUUUAUCUAGACUUGUACUAAAACACUUUUAAGUGCGAUUAACUCGAUCAACUUGUACUUAAUAUUCUUUAUGAGAAUCGUUCUUUUGAUAGAUGAUUAAAGGGAAAGUGAAAUACAAUAAAUUAAUUAAUUAACUGAUAUUGCAAUGAUACCGAUGUAUUUAUAAGAUAAUAAGAAAAUAUAUUAUGUGUUGAAUUUAUUCUUCGACCCGAUAACAUCGCCACUAAAGAAAGAGCGGUGGUAAAAAGCCUAUGUUCUAAGACGGUGCGAUUUAGUAGGUUUCAUUCUAGAGAUUCCGUAAGUGUUUGUCCACGCUUCAUCAGUUUGAAACAUUAUUGCUAAACGAAACUCUUAAUCAUCAUCUAUAAAAAGUCGAUUUCAUUUGAUUUAAGGCCCAAAAAGCUUCACUAUAUAUGUGAUUCUCGUGCUAGAACUUCUUGCUAACUAUUUAUAUGUUUGUUUGGCGGCUUUUCGAUAAAGUUAAUAUAACCCAAGUUUAGCAUUUUUUUAUUAAGUAAUAUCCCACGCCAGUUGCCUCAUUAGAUAGUUGUUAGACAUAACCUAUUAUUGGUCACGUUGAAUAUGUUGAGAGAGUUAUGGAUUGAUAAGUAAUUAUUUAAUUACAUAAGUGAGUUUAGGCAAGUAACAUUCUUGUAUUAGCUUAAAUUUAUGUAUUAGAAACGGUGUUUACUUUGUGAAUCAAUACGAAAAAUCUUUAUACCAAACUAGGGGUUUUGACAUGAUAUCAAAAUUAUAACCUAAGAAUUAAAAGUUUCGAUCUUCUAUUUUUUUUUUGUAGAUCUAGUAAUCUCGAUCCAAACGAAAUACUUCUCUAUCGACAUCAAUGAGUUCAAAAGGUUCCUAAUGGAACCAAAGAAGGUUCGGCUCUUUCAUCCAAGUUGCGGUCUGAAACUCGGCGAAGGAUUGACGUGUAUGACUUGUCUUCUGGCAAAUAUUCAUGAAGCUAUCAUCUCACAACCACAAGUCACAACUUUGGGGUCUAACUAUGACUAGUGAUCCUUUAAUUUUGAAUUACAUUAAGGACAAGCCCAAACCUGCUGAAGACUCAGGUUGGUGGGCGAAUAAUGCGACGGUGGUAUCAUGUAUCAAGCUAAGAUAGCACCCGAUCUAAGCAGUGUGUUAUCUCAUCAUGAAGUAUUGGAUAGUACAUGGAUCAAGCUUGACAUGGUUGUAAAAUCCAAUACUUUUGAAAUUGUAAUAUUAAAAGCAUAUAUAGUGUCACUAAGUUUAUCUGUAACCAAAAUACAAUCUACAAUCCACAAAUAGGGUCACAAACAAGGUUGUUCAAGGGUUGUGAUUACUCUAUUUUAUAGAUGGAUUUUGUAAAUUGUUUUAUGUUUUGGGGAAAAAAAUGUUUGAAGCUAUGAUGAGAACAACAAUAAAAGACGUUCUAGAAGCUUAUUGGCUUUGUCAAGUACACAUCCUGCACUUUCAGCUUAAGAUAGGAACAACAUUAUUAUACUAAAAACUAUUUCACAGAAUCGCGCAAACUUUAUCUUUGAUCGACAACAAAUAAAAAGGUUACCAAAAAGGAGGCAAAUACAUUAAAAAAUGUCGAAAAUGUUAUAUAGUUAAAUCAAAAGAACACGAUGAUUUGAUCAAAGAAAGACUUGCCAUAUUGCAUCUAACGCGGUUACAGAUCACUAUUGCAACUUUUUUACAAACGUUACCAGUUAUGUCGACUACUACUGUACAUACGCUAAGUACGGAUAAGAGCAUGUAUAUAAAGAUUACGGAUAUUUAAAACUCAAGUCGAAAUUUACACAAACUGUUUGGUGAAAGGCAAGAAAGCAAUCGAAUAAGUAGCAGUUCACCAAUUUGCUGGCAUAUUUUCAUCAAGUAUACCAACAUGUUUUUUACCGUAAGUUUGUAACAUUUAUUGACUGAUAAUACAUAUCAGUAUCACUAUGGUGUAAGAAAAACAAAGCUUUCUCCUAAUAAGACAUUUAAGUAAAUCUUAUUGUAAGAUCAUAUCUUAGCUGCUAAACAUGUCUUUUCAGUACAGUCAUAAAUAAUACAAAAUGCGCACGAAACAAGGAGUUUAAAAUGAUCUCCAACGACAAAUAUUUUAUAGAUGAUUUUGUUAGGAAUAAGUAUCCGAGGUUUAGGAUCAACCCACUUAUCGCCAAUUAGGUUUAAGUUAAAAGUUUAUAAUAAAUCCAAAUUUAACAUGGUAUUUGUAUCUGAUAUUUCAGUUAAAAUCAUAGAUUUGCAUUGCCAACAAAAUCUUAUUAAAAUAAACAAAAAUCUGGUGAGCCUCAGAAUCGAGAGAAUCUACACCUUUAAUAGUGGAUUCGAACAUCUAACAAUACAAAAGUGUUGCUAAUCAUGUAUUUGAACUAUGGGAAAUUCCUCACAAAUGCAUCAUCUGCUGGUGAUAUCAAUAUGAUAUUUUGGAAAUACUUGAUCGUCUCUGGCUUUAACGUAGGUUUUAGUUUGCUGCCUCAAAGUUUUCCUGGCUAACCUUCAAAGUUUCAUGAUAGUUUCCUCAAACUUUAUAACAAUAUGAAAAAUUGUAAAUCCAUCCGAACAGUUAAAAAUGAUGAUUUUAGAUCAUGACAUGUAACAUAUUGUGCUUUUUGUUAGUGUUGUUUUGCGUCAUCGUCUAAUUCAAAUCUUCUUAUUUCAUUUUGCAGAAAAAGCAGAUAUGACGAUUUGAUGGUCUAACUUAUUUUAGCUUUGAAAUGACUUACUAUCUUUGACUAACAAGUGGAUCGGUCAGUCGGUCACGGUUGGCAUGAUAAACCCUAAAUCUGACCUAGUUAAGAGAUUAUUUUAAUGUUUGUAGUGCUAAUUAUAGCUACUAACAAAUCAGAUCACAUCAAAACUAAAUAUUCCACUAUCGUAUUUAACUUCUGAUUCACCAUUAGUACACAGUAUACUCUUGUUUUUCGACUAUGGAGAAGAUGGAAACAUUAGACGGUGAUUUUUGAAACAAUAUAAUAUUUAAAAGAAAAUAAGAAGAGAGAGUACUUAUUACAAGUUACAAUCUUAAAUAUAUCUAAGAGAUAGAAUUAUAAGACCACCUGUCUCAUGGUGACGCACAAAGACCAAAAACACUUUCAUAAUUAUUUAGUUUAUUUCUAUAGUUUAUUGCCAUACUGCCUUAGGUGGAAUCCAACGAAUCUUAUGCGACAACAACAAAGAUUAGUGUAAGAUCGUAUGUAUAAUUCUCCUAGACACUUGGAGAAACCUUAGUGGUUUAGUAAUAUGUAUCAACUUAAAAUAAUCAAGUAACAUCAGAUAUUUCUUUUACAUUUAAGUGUUCUUUAAAGAAAAUAUUAAUUAAGGAACUUAAAUAAUAGUCAUAAUUAUAAUUAAUAUACGUGUCAACACUAUAGAAGUUCCAAAUAACUUCAGCAUAUAAGGAUUAUUCUAUUGGAACUGAUGCUAGGUUGCACCAUGUUACCCAAAGCCUCAACAUUAUAUCUUUAAUCCUGCAUGAAUAUUAAAAAUGAUUUAAUAGCCUGUAAUGUCCUUGUUUAGUACUCAUGAAAUGAUGAUGUUUAGGUGCUAAACUAGGGUUAUCAAUCCAAUUUGUCCUUCAGUUUUUAUUUGACUAUUCCGGCAUAGUUUUUUCUGCAACUUUGGUUCAGUUUUGUUUUGUUUGGUCACAUAUUUUUUUCUAUCUUAGUUUAAAGUUUAAACCAAAAUACCCUGAAAAAUGUACCAACAAGAAGGCAAUUUAGUAUUUUCCGGAUGAUGCCUUUUGGGGAUGAAGACUUGAAUGGACAGACAAAAGGAUAUGUACGAGACACAUAUGAAAACGACCUAUGAAAAGAGGUAGACUAAAAGAGCACCCAAGUUCUACUUGCUGAGUUGCUUCUAAGCUCUAACCCUUAUUUUCUUUACCUUUCUUUCUAAUAAUAUUCUUCUUCUUUUUCCUUUUAUAUCUUCAAUUCUAAAUUAUUUUCUUCUUUGGAUAACAUUUGCUGUUUAUAUUAAUUAUUCUUAUUACUAAUAAUGAUCACGUAGAACUAUUUUUGUAAUUUGAGAUAGAAAAGUAUAUAUAUUGUAAAUUUCUAUAGAAUCUGCUUUUAGGUAGUGAUAACCUUAUAAUUUUUAUUAUAGAAAGAACAUAACUCUAAAAAUGUAAAAAGAUCUUUGUCUUGUCAGUAAUCUCUAUCUCUAUGGAAAGCAAACAAAAAAGGUGGUGGAGCCUAGGAGUAAGAAUGAGUGCGUGCAUAUAUAAAUACUGAAAGGGGCAGGGAGAAAACAAAACACAACAUAACUCAAAGGCAAAACAGAGGAACACUUAGGUUUCAUAAGACAGAGAGACAAAAAGAUUGGUGGGUCUGAAGGAGAAGGAGAUCUAAGACAUCACUUCUCUUUUUUUAGCUUUCACUUCAAGAAAAUAAAAUAAAAAGAAGGAUGAGUUUGUGGGGAGUGAUGGGAGGAGGAUGGGGACUGGUAGAAGAAGGUUGGAGAAAAGGACCUUGGACUGCUGAAGAAGACCGUCUAUUGAUCGAUUAUGUGCGGCUUCACGGUGAAGGUCGAUGGAACUCUGUGGCGAGGCUCGCAGGAUUAAAGAGAAAUGGCAAAAGCUGUAGGUUAAGAUGGGUUAAUUACUUAAGACCAGACCUCAAGAGAGGACAAAUCACUCCUCAUGAAGAAACCAUUAUCCUUGAGUUACAUGCUAAGUGGGGCAACAGGUGGUCAACAAUCGCUCGUAGUUUACCAGGAAGAACAGACAACGAGAUCAAGAACUACUGGAGAACCCAUUUCAAGAAGAAGACAAAAUCUCCAACUAACAAUGCGGAGAAGACGAAAAACAGAAUCUUGAAGAGGCAACAAUUUCAGCAGCAAAGACAGAUGGAGUUGCAGCAAGAACAACAAUUGCUUCAAUUCAACCAAAUCGACAUGAAUAAGAUCAUGUCUUUACUAGACGAUAACAACAACAAUAAUAAUGACUUCAGUAGCAGUAGUAGCGGCAGUAGUGGCGAAGGUGGUGCGUUCUAUGUUCCUAAUCAGAUCAAAAUUCCAACACCAAAUUCUAGUCAUGACCCAAACGGUAAUGGGUUUUGCCCCGUGGUUCCGGUGCCAACAGUUGAGGCUAACGUGAAUGAAGAUUGCGCAAUUUGGAAUGGUAUAUGGAAUCUGGAUUUAGAAGGACAAGAAAGCUUUGGUGACGGUGCUUGUGUCCCAAGGAAGCACUGUUUCCAGAACUGGCCUAUUCCCUUUAACUUGACCUUUUAAGUGUCUUAUCUGCCGGAAAAUGACAUGACAUGACUGACAAGUGGUCGAGUUUGAGUUUGGUUUUGUUUUAUCUUUCCUGAUUUUGGGUUUAACAUAAGUAGUUUUGUUAUCCAUUGUGUGUGAUGUUAUAAGAAGCUCAUUUGGGCAACUUCCAAGUUAAAGAGUGAUGUAGUAGAAAGUCUGUGGAAGAAUGGCGUCAAUUGUAGCACAGCUUAACUCACUCGAGUAGAGCAAAUAAAAUAUUACUGGAAAAAUAUCUUCUUAGAUUAGUAACUAACGAUAUUAAUUUUGACCAACCAAAGUAAACUAAUAAUAGAAGAGAGCCAUGGAUAUGUGACUAGAAAAACUCACUUUGUAGCGUUAAGGAUAAUCACCUUGUUAAGCAUAAAUGGGCUUUUUAUUCGUGGCCAUAAGUAUCUCAGAUACAGAAAAUACAAAUCCAGUUUUGCGUUCUUGUUAAUAAGUAGGCCUUUUUGGGUGGUAGUCUGGUAGAUUAGUUCUGGCGCCUAAAAUUUUAACAAUACUCCUUUAAAUCAUUGUAAUAAAAGAUUCAAAAGUUCCCUAAACUAUACUAUAUAGUAUCUAAAAAGAAAACAAUAUAAUUUCUCCUUGUUUAGAUUCAGUUUGGAAACACUGUAGAAUAAUGAUAUCACAAUAUUUAAUGCGAUUCCGUCAGCUAUUCCCUCACACAACCAAAAUUGUUUCCCCAUCUUAGUCAAAUUUUAUUUGGACCAUAUAUAAAUUGUAUUAAUUAAUGUACCUGUCAAUGAUAGUGUACAAUAAUUUCGAUUAUAAUGAAGUGGGUGGUUCUAAAUAAAAAACAAUUAAAUACGGACGAAACCCUUCAGAUACUAUUGCCGUAAGAUUUUUUUUCUUUUUUGUAACUGAAGAUUUAUUAUAUUAUGGAUACAUAUAUACACCAAAUGUCUAUAUAUUCAAACAAAAUGCGUCUUUUUCCAACCACAAAAACGUAUAUACGUCGAAAUUAAGAACCAAAAUUAUAAGUUUGCCACGAAUAUUUGAGUUAGUCUUCCAGUUAAUACUUAAAUAUUCCAUUAAAAUAUACUCCCUCUGUUUAUUAUUGUAAGUAGUUUUGCUUAAAAGCACACAUAUUUAGAAAGUUGUUAUUUUUUUAAACAAAUCAUUUAAUCAAUUAAUUCAACCAAUUAGAAAAUAUUUAACUUUAUUUCAUUAGUCCAAUAAAUGAAAAAGUACAUUGAAAUAUGUAAACUACUUAUAUUAUGAAACAAACCUUUUUUGCUAGAACUACCUACAAUUAAAAACAGAGAGAGUAUAAAUUAGCUGGAAGCAAUAGUUUUUCAAUAUAUAGUUCUAUAGAUGAAAAGUCAAUCGGUUUUGACAAAAAAAAUAUUAAUGUGAAAAAAAUCGAUUUUCUGUAAGUUUCUUACGAUGCCUGUAUUUGUUAACAUCCAGUUAGCAUGAAAAUAUAAAAACAAUUUAACUAACGAAAUUUUCAAAUUUGAUAUGCAUAUAUAGAGGGAGGCAGCUGUAGACACUUAACCUAAUGUGCCAUGACGCCGAGCCGUGGACUGACCCGACUUACACGGGAGACUUGUUUGAUAAAGUCUAAUUUCAUAAACCAGUGAACCAACUAAUAUGGCUUUUCUAAUUAGCAAACAGUUUUAAGUUUUUUAAAUUGUCAGUUGACCUAAAUUAAAAUAUAUGAAUAAUAAUUAAUCACUAGUUACUACAAUUGCUUAGAAAUCAAUGUGCUAUGUGAUAAUCCAUGAUGUCAUACGAUUUGAAAAGCUACUAUUUGUACUAAAAUAUGUGAUUUAUCAUUCGUCGACAUUAUAUAAUAAAAGUUUUUUUAAUCAAGCCCCAUUACAAUAUAUAUACUCUUUUGUUUCGUAGUCCUUUAUCAGGUAGUUUCUAAUUUGAUGAGCUCAUUGAUUUUACGUUGUAUUUAUAUCAGUGAAUAUAGAUUACAAGUGUGUGCUAUGAUGAUCAGGUUUACGUAUAGGCAUAGUUGAGCGUUAUCAGGCUCGCCAAUGGAGUUACAUUGAAUGCCACUGAAUUGUUGAUUUAGGGCUUAAGUGCAAUUUAAAAAAAAAAUCAAACGUGAUUCAUGCGUUAGCGGAUGCGUCUCAACCUCGGUACAUCGUUAAAUUCACUUUUAAUUUUUCUGUGUUCACUAUAUGGUGCAUAUAUGGUGAAAAUUCUGUCUAUUGACUUUAUACUUAUUUAGUUAACCCAAAAUAACAUUGUGUCCUGACUUUGAUUUCCCAAGAUAAAUAUAAAUUUUAACUUUGUCGUAAAAAGCAAACAAAUCAAACGUGGUUCCUGAUAACCCAUGUUAUCAUUUACAUUGGACUAAUAGAUAAUCUCUGUUUUGCAAGCCACUUUGAAGUUUUGAUUGAACCUAGAAUAUAAUAUUUCAAUUAGUUCUUUAAUUGUCAAUCAGAUUUGAGAUGAAUGUUUAGAAAUUUAACAAAUUAAAAUAAACUUUCUUAAUUUCUUGCAAGGUCAUCAUAUUAAAAUUGUCGCAUAUAGAGAAACGUAAUCUUGAGUUAGCCAAUUGUCAAUCGGCAUUCGAUUUAUAAAACAUUUAGGUGUUUAUGUAACUAGAUCGGAAUGGUUUGGUGGAACUUACAUGUACAAGUAAAAAUGUCGUAUUCAAGAAAAAAAAACUAAGACUUAAAGACUUCUACAUAAUGCAUCCAAUCUUUAUUUUUAUUUUAAAACAUCCAUAUAAUCCCUUUCUUAUUAUUUGAGGAGCAUUAAAAAUAAAUAACCUUUAAUUCAUGUGUUUAUUACAAGUGUGUCAUUUCUUACGUGGCAACUUCACAAGCUCUCUCACCUAUUCUAUUUAAAACCCCUUUGUUAACUAGAGUAAUUACACAACAUGCCAUUGAUCAAAACAUUAUAAUUACCUUAGUUUUGUCUACAUUUGUCAUAUAUAUGUGUUGAUAUGUAUUACAUCAAACCUUAUCAUUUAUUUCAUGCGUUGUUAAUUACCUUAACCGAAGUUCUACGUAUUACAUCAAAGAUUUUAAAAUUAUGUUAAUUACCUUGACUGAAGUUUUUUCAUUAAUUUGUUUUAAUACAAAAACAUUACUGACAUACAUAGUGGUCUAAUUUUUUUAUUCAAAAUGAAUAUAGAUGCGAAAAAUUAAUGUGCGAUUAUCAACCAAAGUUUGUUUUCUGAAAAAUCCUAAAAAGUAUUUGAUGAUCAAUACAUGCUCAAGUGAUUGAUUUUCUUAAAAAUGCGAAAAAAUAUUUGUUCUCUUAAAAAUAUAUGAAGAAAAUUUUUUUUUCUUAAAAUAGUGAAACAGAAGAACCAUGCAUAUGACAUAUACUUGCCCCGUUUCAUUAAAUUGUUAGAUGAUCCCCGCCUUGCGAUUGUAGAAACUAAGGUACAAUACAGAAAAUACAUAUAAAAACUUACCUUAGGUGAUCUAUCGUAAUUAAGAUUUUAACGCCAACUUGCAUAAUGAAAAUAAUGGCGGAGAAAAUUGCCCAUGAUUCAAACUUUAUUUGCAAGGACGAAAUUGAUUGAUGAUUGGCAAAAAGGAAACUUCUAAUAACUUUGACAUAUUUUUAAAUUACAAACGUAGACUUGCGAGGACUUGACUUUUGUAUAUAAGGAACGUAGAUUAAGGUUCAAAUUAUUGUAAUCAAUUAAUAAUCGUGAACUUUCUUGAAUUUGUUCAAUUGCGAUUGAUAAAAGGAAGUUUGCAUUAACUAUUUACAAUAUUAAAGUAAUUAUCUACUAAGAUUGGAGCUCAAGUUAUGUGUAAUGUUCGAUUUAGUUACGACCAUUAUUUUGAAUCCAUAUGACCACACAGCGAUUCCUUUUUAGUAUAAAUAUACGGCUUCUAUAAUUCAGAAAACUCACCACAUAUUUCUUCUUGACUUUGCUCAUAUCAAAACAUUCUCUCAAGCAAUCAAAUGGUUGGCUUUAACUCUGUUUCCGAUUUAAAACCAUUCAAGACAUUGUUUCUUUUAUAUUUUAUUAGUCUAUUGUGUUUCGUUUUAUUUUAUAUUUAUAAUUUAUUUUAUGCAAACAAAUAUACAAUUUUUAAACAAAAUUUUCGCAGCUUAAUUUAGAUUGACAUAUUAAAUUUCAUCUAACCCUUACUUUAUAAUAUAUAGUAUUUUUUUGCUAUGACUUUAACUUUUAUUAUGUAUACAAAUUAAAAGUGAUAAUAUUUUUAAAUCUAUUUAUUCCGCGCAAGGUGCUGGUUAUCACCUAGUAAGAAUUAUUCGACGGGCUAUAAAACUGAUCUGAUGAUGGUACUAUAUGGAGCUGAAUGACUAAAUUCUACAUGGGAAAUAUAAUUUACUGAGAAUGAUAUAGUUAUGUCAAUGGGUUUGGAGUUUUUUUUUUUUUUUGGCUUAACAUGGGUUUGGAGUUAAAACUCAUGAAAAUUUAAUACUAAAUUUUGUGUAACUAAAAAGAAACUUAAUAUCAAUACUUUUGAAUUUAGUUUGAUUUUGAUUGACAAUAGAGUAACACAAACCGUGGAGACAAAAUUCACAAUCAUAAUAUAAAAAUAAUAAUUAGUUCCAAUAUUAAUGCGCUUUUGUAAUUCCACAAUUUUUGUUGCUAGGAAUUCUUUUUUUUUUCUUGGGUUCUACAAUCAAACAAAGGGACAAUGAGUUUCCUUUUCCGUGACAGUGUGAAUCUAAAAUGACUAGCGGGUCCCACUUUGUUUGAGAAUAUUCUUCCCUCUUCAAUCUAGAUCGAGAUUCCUUGGUCGAUAACGUAUGUUACACUUGGACAGAUCAUCUCUUCAAGAAACAUUUCAAAAAAAAUUUGACAAAGAAAAGUCAUCGAUUUUUUUGUUUUUUAUGUUCACCAAAAGUCAUUGAUUUUCUCUGGUGGAAGUUAAUUAACUUAAUCAUCCAAUGACGUAUAACCAGAUAAUUUAAUAAUUUUUUGUUAGUUUGUUUGUCGAAGAAACCUUGAGGAGUACAAUAGCAAAAUCAUAUUUGUGAUUUAAAUAUUACGAUUAUUUGAUCACAAACAAAUUACGAUCAAUGAUAUAACUAUAAAUUCAUUACAUACAAUAGUUUUUCCCAGUUCACAUAAAAAAUUAUUGCUAUCUACAUCAAUUAUACACACUUAAACAUAUAUUUACACAAUACUAAUAUAUAAUUAACUACAUUUAUAUGUUUAAUAUUAUAAUAUACGUUAACUAAUAUGAGUUAUGUAUCUAAACACUAUAACCAUGUUUUCUAUUAUCAUAGGAAAAUAACCCGUGCGAUUCAUUUUAUAAAAAAAAAUGCAACAUUAAUUGGAUAUUGUAAUAAAUAUAUGUUGACUUAUGUUGUAUGAUAUUUCUCAUUUAUAAUAUUAUUUUUGAAUUUCCAGGUGAGUUUUUAUAUAACUCAAACACAAUAAUUUAACAAAAUCAACAAUAAAUUAUGGAUUUACUUUUUUUUUUUGAAAUUAUUAAUCGCUUUUAUUGGAUCUUUAAAUUGUAUUUAGGAUAAUGUGGUAUUGAGAUAUAAAUGCUCUAGAACUCUGUAGGUUUCUCAAUGAAAAUUUCUAAAUUUAGGCUAAAAUCAAAAAUAACAAAUAGAGUUAUGGGUCCGGUCCGCCGUCUAUAAUCUAUUCUAUUCUAUUUUCUUCUUCUCCCUGCGUUCUGCCUUGAUUAUAGAGUUGGAAUCGCCAUUUUCGUUUUCUAGAGAAUUUCUACCACUUCAAUUUGUUGAAAUUUCUCCCACUGAAUUCCAACUCAAAGUACAAACAGGCAUGCAUCAUUAUAUGUGUUUUUUAAAAUAUAUAUAUUUGAAAAUCAUUUAACAGUGAAUUUCUCCAAUUUCUAAUCUAGUGAUUUGUCAAUGUCCACAAUUCCUUAUAUAUAUGAAUAAUGAUUGCAAUUGUUGAUAACCAAACAUUGUAAUGUUUAGCUAAGAGUUAUAAUGGUUAACAUCAAAAGUUACAAUGAUUUAAUUAAUGGAAAAGACACAAUGUUAAAAUGUUUGUUUUUUGAGAAAAAGCACAAUGUUAAAAUGUUAAGAACAUAGUUAAAAUCAAUGUAAUUUUUAAGAUGAAAAACACAUUGUUAAGAUGAAAAGUUACACCGUUGAUAUUUAUGUGGAUACAUCUAGACAUUUUGAUAACUUCUUUUAACAAAUGAAAUUUUUAAGAUGAAAAGACACAUCCUUAUACAUUUUAAAUACUUCUUUUAAACCAAUAUAAUUCCUAUAGUGAAAAGACACAAUGUUUAGAUGAAAUUAUACAUAGCCAUAUAUUUGACAACAAUUUUUAAAUCAAUGCAAUUUUAAGAUGAAAAGACACAUUGUUAGGAUGAAAAGUUACAACCUUUGACAUUUAGUUGAAUACAUUUUUAGACAUUUUGAUAACUUCUUUUAACAAAUGCAAUCUUUAGGAUGAAGAGACACAUCCUCAUACUUUAUCUUGUAAACCCAUGCAAUGCGUAGGAUAGGAUGAAAAGACAUAUAUUUAGACAUUUUGAUAAACUUUUUUAAACUAAUGCAAUUUUGAGGAUUAAAAGAUAAAUUGUUAAAAUGAAAAGGUACAACUUAUACAUUUUGACAACUUCUUUUAAUCCAGUGCAAUUAUUAAGAUGAAAAUACAUAAUGUUAAAAUGAAUGUUACAUUUAGACAUUUUUAAUAUCAGUUUUUAAACUAUGAAAUUUUAGUAUGAAAAGAUAUAUUGUUAUAAGAUGAAAAGAUACAUACUUAUACAUUUCAAAACUUAUUUAAAA